CUAUACAUAACUCGCGUGGAGGGUGAUUUCUCGGCCGAUGUUUUCUUCCCGUCCGUGGAUUACAGUCGUUUCACGAAGAACGAUGAGCCGGAGGAGGUGCAGGAAGAGCAUGGCAUCAAAUAUCGUUACGAAAUUUACACAAAUAAAUCCAGCUUAUAAGCGUCCUUCAUUUGGUAAAACUUUAUAUAGCAGCACUAAAUUGCACCACGCGAACCGAGGACUGCGACGGUCUGCAGUUGUUGAAAUCAGAAGUGUCCAGCAAUGUACUAAUGAUCAGUUUUUAGAGUACCGAUGUGAGUUUAGUUGUUGUUGUUGCGCACUUUUGAAUGCUUUUUCAUGA